AUGUCCACCUCCAGAUUGCCUAAUAUCCCCGCUCUGCGUAAACACCAACUUCUCCUGGAAUUUGCGAGUUUAAAUCAUGCAGCCCCUCCAGGACUCUAUGUGAGCCCUGCCCCGAAUGAUCCUACUCUUUGGACGGGUGUCUUAUUCGUUCGUAGUGGUCCAUAUGCUUCUGCUAUCCUCCGUUUCCAGAUCCGAUUUCCACCUUCAUAUCCCGAUCUCCCACCUUUGGUGACCUUCUCUACCGAUGUAUUCCAUCCGUUGAUCGUUCCCCUUACGACAUAUACCUUUAGCACAAAUGCUUCGAGCGAAGAUCCCGUCAGUGCUUCAGACGAGGAGCGAUUACCGCCUGGCGGAUUUAGUCUCCGACAUGGAUUUCCCCACUGGUUUGGCCGAGGUAAACGAAGUGUGGUCAAUUCAGCAGACUCUUCGAGAGCUGUGAGUAUUAGUGGCUCCAAUAUCGGUGUUGAUGCAGCCGGCAAGGACUCGCCUCAGCACCAAAACGACGCCUCUAGACCUACAUCUCCGUCGAAGAAUCAAGGGGAUAUUGAUCGAGAGGAGAGUGCUACCUCAGCACCAGAGGAGAAACUAGUGGAACUAGGGGAAAAUGUCCCGGUUACUGCUUUAUUGAAUUAUAUCCGCUCUACAUUCGAUGACGAAACAGUUCUCGACUCGUUGCCACUCGAAGCUGCUGGAAAUCCAAGCGCUUGGCAUGCGUGGAAGGCUCACAGAAAAGAUAGCAGUAACUCGGCCUUUACAAGUAGCUCUAAAAGAGGAACCCCGCAGGCGCGGCUUCCCGGUGAUUGGCACUGGGAUGGAAUUUGGGCUAAGCGUGUCCAAGAUGAGGUCGAGGCGAGUCAUUCGGAAGCAACAUUGUUUGGCAAUGCGACCCGAAGUGGAGGAACUGAGGAUACGAUACGUUUCUCUCGAUUAGACGACGCUACGUUGACCUCAAUUAAAGAGAUGAUAAACCCACGGGCGGAAGCAGCGCACCAGUAG